AUGGCUCCUACGAAGAGGAAAGAAUUCUCACACGACCUACGUGAAGUCGUAAUAAAACGCUAUCUUAAUGGUGAUUCUGAACGGGACAUAGCUCGAGACUUAUUAAUCUCACGUAAUACCGUUCAUUAUAUGAUUGCGAAAUAUAAAUCAACGAAAUGUAUUGGAAAUUUGAUAGGUCGAGGACGAAAACGGAAGACAACAGCCCAUGUUGACCGUGUCAUUCAGCGUAAAAUCAAAACCAAUCGUCGAAAAUCGGCUAUGGCUGUCAAAAUUGAACUUCAAACUGAGCUCAACAUAACUGUUUCUGAAUCAACGAUUAGUCGGCGAGCUCAUGAAAUCGGUUUAUAUGGUCGUGUAGCUCGUAAGAAACCAUUGGUAACUAAAGCUAACCGUGGUUAA